AUGGCCGCCCCGUUCCUGUGGAAGCUGUCGUCCCAGAAACUGGGCUUCUUCCUGGUGAUCUUCGGCUUCAUCUGGGGCAUGAUGCUGCUGCACUUCACCAUCCAACAGAGGGUGACCCACGAGAGCAGCGCCGAGCUGCAGCAGCAGAUCCUGGACCUCAGCAAACGCUACAUCAAAGCCCUGGCCGAAGAGAACCAGAGCGUGAUGGACGGGCCCUACGUGGGCAGCAUGACGGCCUACGACCUGAAGAAGACCCUGGCCGUGCUCCUGGACAACAUCAUGCAGAGAUUGGGAAAACUCGAAUCCAAAGUGGAAAACAUUUACAAUGGAACCGGUGGAAAUCUGACCAACGGCACCAGCACCGCCACGCCCAGCGCUACCAACCCCGAGAAGGUCAACGUGGCAGAUCUUCUCAGCGGAGCACAGGAGAAGUGUGAGCUCCCCCUGCUGGACGGGUUCCCUCACUGCGAGAGCAAGAUCAAGUGGAUGAAGGAGAUGUGGCGUUCAGAUUCCUGUUACAGUAAUUACGGCGUGGAUGGAUCCACGUGCUCCUUCUUCAUCUACCUCAGCGAGGUGGAGAACUGGUGUCCACGUCUGCCCUGGAGACUCAAGAUCCUGAACGAGGAGUCGGAUCGGCGAGCACAGGUACGAAACACAAUCGGCGAGCACAGGCCUCAUUUCGCUCUCUCUUGUCUGACUCCAGGCCUCAUUUCGCUCUCUCGUCUGACUCCAGGCCUCAUUUCGCUCUCUCGUCUGACUCCAGGCCUCAUUUCGCUCUCUCGUCUGACUCCAGGCCUCAUUGUUCUCGUCGCUCAGCUCAUUUCGCUCUCUGACUCCAGGCCCUCAUUUCGCUCUCUCUCGUCUGACUCCAGGCCUCAUUUCGCUCUCUCGUCUGACUCCAGGCCUCAUUUCGCUCUCUCGUCUGACUCCAGGCCUCAUUUCGCUCUCUCGUCUGACUCCAGGCCUCAUUUCGCUCUCUCUCGUCUGACUCCAGGCCUCAUUUCGCUCUCUCUCGUCUGA